AUGCAUGGCAAGCAUGGUACUCCUGGGGCACCAGGCCGGGACGGACGUGACGGGCGUGAUAGCCGUGAUGGAGCUAAAGGUGAUCAAGGAUUGCAGGGGAAGACAGGACCUCAGGGACCUCCUGGUGAUAAGGGACCUGCUGGUGUAAAGGGAGAGAAAGCGGCUAAAGGAGAACCUGGGACCCAGGGUCCUGCUGGACAAAAAGGGGAGCCUGGCCCGAUGCCGUUUAAGAACUGGAAAGAAUGCGCCUGGAAAAACUUGAAUGAUGACAAGGACAGUGGUUUGAUCAAGGCGAGUUUUAUAGCUUGUCGGUUAAUGAAAAAUGAAACUGCAAGACACAUUGAAAGCGCUUAUGUGAGAUCUUUUGCGGGAAGGUGAUCGGAAAAGGUAAUAUGACUAAAUGCAGGGUAAGUUUGACAAGUUGUGCAAGCGACAGGAGAGAGAUUCUGACGAUACAAGCAACAGGAUGACUAAUUUCUAGAUGUAACCCAGUUAAAAAGUCACAUUUCGAAAUUUGUAAUUACAAUGGGUUCAUUGUACAAGUUUUUGAAAAGAACGGGCUGCCGACGAAAAGUUAAUGCACAUAAUAAUUCUGAAACGCAAGAAGAUGGCAAAGAUGGUAAAUUUCAACAGCUUUCCCUGUUGACAACUCCUACCCAUUGAUUGUUUUCGCCUUAAUACUCUCUUUCCGAUAUUUAUAACAGGACUGUGUUUUCACCAAGAAUUUUUCUGAAACAGCCCUUCACGUAUCCUGGACUGGUAAUCUUAGAAUUGCAAGCUGUAACCAAUGCUGCAGACGAUGGUACUUCCGGUUUAAUAGCGCCGAAUGUGUGUCUCCUUUACCAUUGACGGGGUUGUGUACUUGGAAAAAGGAAGCUCUGAUAAUGUUCUCCGUGUCCGCCAUAUCGAGGGACACUGUAAUGACAUACCCAAAGGAACGGUGCGCGUGGGAUUCUGGAUCGGAAAUUGCAACGGAUAUGGGAACGCUGAUGGGUACACAGGAUGGAAUUCAGUAUCCCGGAUCUUUGUUGAAGAAAUUCCUAAAGCACAAGUUUAAAAGGGACUCUAAAGAUUAA